CCAACAUUUUGAUUGAUACGACUUGUACUUAACACAACUACCUUAUGAGGUGGUCUUCAAUUUUCACCUUUCAUACCCCACAAGUAAUUAUGGUAUGAAAUAAAUCUACUAUUAAUUUUCACUGGGAAUAAGAUAAGAUAAUGGGAAAUUUAGCAAUAGUAAACUAUCAUACGCCACCGCCAUUAUGUCGAUAGAUCUGAAUUGGGAGACACUGACGGGCGGGCCGGACGGUGCCGCGCUCGCGGAACACAUCCGCGAUUUCAUUCACACCAAAUUUCAGGCCGUUCCCUUACCGCGUUUUAUCAAAUCCGUCAAAGUCCACGACUUCGCUUUUGGUACCAUACCACCAAAUGUUGUGCUGAAGGACAUAUGCGAUCCGCUACCAGACUUCUAUGAGGAAAAUUCAGAUGUGUCAGACGAAGACGAGGAAGAAGAUGAGGAAGAGAGUCUUGUCCAGGAUGAGAGAGGAAGGCAUGGGCAUUCGGAAGAUAUAUCCGAAGCGAUUAGAGCCGCCGAGCGUAAGAGGAGAGCGGACCAGAUUCGGAGAUUAGAGGGAAGGGGUGGGAGCGGCCGCAGGGGUGGUGAGGGCGAAAGUGGAACGACCACUUAUCAUCCGGAAGGUCUAUAUCCGCCUCAUAUCCACGUCGCUGGUUUACGGAGCGCCCCCGGCACUCCCGAUAUAGGCAACCCCUUCCUAGGACUCGGCGUUCCGACGCCUGGCGUGCCUGGCGGUACGGCAAAUAUGCACUACUUCCAGUCAAAGCUCGCGACCACUUGGUCCGGCACGCAGACGCCGUUAGCGGCCGUCGCCGGAGCGCAACACUUGAACGGUUGGUUGGAGAUGGGUGGCCUACAUACACCUCCUUCAGAGAGAUAUUCGCGAAGUCGUGAUCACAGCACACAGCCUUCACAGGGCUCUGCUUCUAUACCAGAUCACCCUCCAGUUCCAUCCCCUACCCUACCCCCAGCUUCACUCUCGCCGAUGCCACACCCGCUCCGGGAGAAACAUAGUGUGUCAACUCUCGCACCAACAUCGGCCGGUCCGUCACGACCGCCUACCAGAGACAGGAUGACGAGCGCAACACAUAUGACAGGCUUGCCUCGGUCUAACCGCAGUCCCGACGGAAAAGGGGCGCGCGAAGGAUCCUCGGAAGAGGAGGAAGAGGCGCCCAAGAAGUUCCGGGAGCCCAGGAUAGACGAUUUGCAAGCUGUAUUCCGCAUCAAAUACGCGGGUGAUGUGAAGCUGAUGUUGACGGCCGAGAUCCUGCUCGACUACCCGAUGCCGAGCUUCGUGGGGAUUCCGGUAAAGCUGAAUAUCACGGGGCUUACCUUCGACGGGGUCGGCGUCGUCGCAUAUAUUAGGAAACGCGUGCACUUCUGCUUCUUAAGUCCUGAGGACGCACUUGCUGCCGUGGGGCAGGAUGACGAUAAUGGUGGUGAUGGAGAUGAGCAGGGUACAGGAACUACUAGCGGCGUCCGGAAAGGCAGGCUUGGGAGUUUGCUACAGGAGGUUAGGGUUGAGAGUGAAAUAGGUCAAAGAGAAGGUACGAAGCAGAGCCUAAAGAACGUCGGGAAGGUUGAGAAAUUUGUCCUCGAACAGGUCAGGCGGAUAUUCGAGGAAGAGUUCGUGUAUCCUAGUUUCUGGACAUUUUUGGUGUAGAAACAUUAACUAAUGUAGAUUUACGACUCUCUUCUCUAUAACUGACGAGAGUAUUCAUGGAUUAGUUAUUUUAAAUAGACGACACUCAAGGUAGACUGGAGGUUUGUGCAAUG